GUUUUUUUGUUGUGUUAAUUUCUACCCAGGCAGCCAUAUAUCAGCUCUGUGUCUCGGAAGAAGCUAGCGCAGUGCAAUGAAAGUUUGGAAACUUCAGCAACACAGGGAUACUUUGAAAAGCAGAGUUACCUCCCUUGAAGCGUGACCCGAGCCAUCAGCUGCUGUGUGCACCCCUCACUGCAUGUGUUGUAACAAACAUGGCUUGCAACAUGGAACUUUCCAGUGCCGCCGGUAAUGGUAGGUCCCGAGAAGACCGGAACUGUCUUCCAUCACCCAAGGGGCCAUUAUAUGUGGAGGAUCUGUUCCUACAAUCUGAUACUGAAGUCACCCCUAUGACUGAUAUCGAGGACAGCUCAGAUGAUGAAGUACACAAUGAAGAAUACCUGGGGAUACGCAGGCAAUCUGUACACGAUGAAGCCAAGAAUAGUCCUGACUUCAUCCAUUUUAGUAACCUCGGAACAACCAAUCGGAUGCAUGCAACGCAAGAUGGGAAUAGAACACGUUGUCCUGUUGUAGACACGGCAGGGAGAGACAGAAACAGUGGAAACGACGAAGAAGAACUGGAUGAGUUGAAAAGGGUCCACGUACAUACACGGAGCAGUAGCCUACAUGAUGACCCUGUCAGUAGGUUAUGGCCAAGAGUGGAUUAUGACGUGAAGGUUAAAACUGAAGCUGUGUUGUCAGAUCUUGAGGUUUCAUCAAUGGAUCUGCAAACCAAUAACAGUGGCAGAGGUGUAAUGCCUGGUAUAUGUGGAGCGGACAUGCAGGCAACGCGCCAUGGAACUGUCUAUAAGCAUGGUGACGAGGUCAGGUCUUAUAGUGUUUGUCAAGAUCGCAUCAAAAAGGAGAUUGAAACCCCAGCUACGGGUCAAACUGCCUCGUCAGCGCAUGAACACACAUCCACAGAGCUUCAGAGUGAAGAGAUUUGUCCAAAAGGAACUGGAAUUAGAUCAAUGACUCUUCCAUUCGGAGAUGAUGUAUUGGCAGCAGCAUGCAGAGCUGACGCUUUCGAUUAUAAUAUUUACCUGAAGAAAGAACAUGUUUCAGGGAUGGUUUACGAUCACCAAACAGAUACCGCAAUGGAUAGAGGAGAAACAAAGUGUUCAGAAACAAUUGAUACACAAAUUGCUCCUGUACACAUCACGAAGAACAUACACACACAUGAUGGAGGUGUUGGUAGUAAAGGUGGUGGUGAUGAUGAUGGGGUUGACGGUGAUGAUGAGUUUGACGACGGUGGUGGUAACGAUGGUAAUGGAGAUGCACACGAUCUAGCCAAUUCAGGGAUACUGAUCAAAGAGGAAGUGUGUGAUUCAGAUGAAGAGUUCGGCUCAGUCAUGUCUCAUCAUGGCAGUGAUGUCGCCAAGGUUGUCUCUGCUAUGGAUGGUGGCAACAGUCAUCAGACAGAAUCUCGUGUUGACAUGGUCGAAAGUCUGGCGUUUGCAACACGACUUGAUAACCCCCGUGAACAUACGGCAUUGGAUAAUGUCCACGUGAACAUGACUCUUGCUACAACUCGUCAAUCAGUUACGCCUAACGUUAAACCUUUGGUGCCAGAUGCUUCUGGAAAAGAUCCUUUAAGUACAGAUCCUUCUGAAAUUAGUCCUAGAGUUCCACUUGAGCGGGAGGCGCCAGGAAAAAGCGUCUCGCAACAACAAUCCUCCCCCCGUCAUACAAAACAACAGAAGAAAAAAAGGGGCAGGAAGCCGAAAGCUUUGGAAAAGUGUCCUGUCUGUAAGAAAAGAUUCCCUUCCUCAGAUCUGAAGCAGCAUAUAACGAAAUCACACAGACACAAGUGUAAAAUAUGCGGUAAAACGAUAAAAGACUUUGUGUUGUUCCAAGGCCAUAUGAGGGAGCAUGCGGACGAACCUACCCCUUACUGGUGUGAUCUUUGUGACAAGCGAUUUGACCGUUUUGUCACAUUGGAAAAGCACAGAAGGAUGCAUACCCUCAAAGGACGAUGGGAGUGUUCCAAGUGUGGCAAGGUGUUCACCCGUAAAGAUAAUUAUUUCACUCAUUUGAAGGUCCAUGAAGAUUCCAACUUGAACAAGUGUGAGGUGUGUGGCAGACAAUACGCUUCACCUGCUAAUCUCCGAAAACACAUGGUGGUACACUUAGAGGAGAAGCCGAUAGAGUGUCCAGUAUGUGAGGAACGCUUUAAUUUUAAAAGCACUCUAGAUUAUCACAUGCACAAACAUACAGCGGCAAGUCUGAAAUCGGCUACCUGUGAAAUAUGUGGCAUGGAGUGUAUUCAUAAAAAUGCAUUAGCUAUUCAUAUGAAUAUCCACACCGGCAGGAAGCCCCAUGUUUGUAUAUAUUGUGGGAAACGAUUUGCCCAGCUGAGCACCAAAAUUGGACAUGAAAUGACCCACGAGAACCCAAAUAAGAAGUCUCUUGACUCAGAGUCUGAAGAACAGAGAACCAAGAACAUGUUACAGUCCUUCGAUUGUGAUCUGUGUCUGAUGAGCUUCACCAGCCUGGAACUUCUUAAUGGCCACACACAGAAAACCCACGCAAACGUUCCCAAAGAGACCCCAAGCAGUCAGAUAAUAUCAGAAUGCAUAAAGCCUUAUUCUUGUGGAAUAUGUGGGAUACCGUUCCUGUCGGUAAGUGGACUUAGGAAACACAGAAGCAAGAAACACCCUGACAAUGUUGCCGUUGGAAAGGGGAGAUACUCAUCUCUGGGAAAGAAUUUGAAUUCUAGUGAAAAGACUAGGACUGAUAAAACAGUGGACAAAGGAGUGACUUCAACAUCUGCCAGGAACUCAAAGAAACCCACAUUAGCUUCAGAGCCAGAGCCAGAGUCAGAGUCAGAGUCAGAGUCAGAGUCAGAGCCAGAGCCAGACCCAGACCCAGACCCAGAGCCAGACCCAAGCCCAGCAAAGGAUUUACCGACACCCAAGCGAAAGUCAGAUUCAACGAAAGAUUUACCAAAGUCCAAGAAAAGGUCAACCGAUGGUGAAUCUGAGAGUAACUUUGAUAAGAAUAAGUGUAAUAUCUGUGGGAAGCUUGUCCUGGAGCUCCGAAAUCACAUGAAGUAUCACAGUGAGAAGGCGUAUGUGUGUCGGGUCUGUGGUAUGAGGUUCACCAUCUCUGCUAACCUCAAGCGCCACCUGCGUCUACACACUGGAGAGACGCCAUACCAGUGUAAGAUUUGUGGGGAACGAUUCAUGAAAGCAGAGGCUCUAAAGAAGCACACGGCAAGACACGAGGGCAGGGAACUGGAGAAGAAGUAUGAGUGUCCAACCUGUGGGAAGAAGUUCCUUGACAGCUAUCACAUGAAGAGACACACUGUGGUUCACAAGAGAUGGCCAAAAAUACGUGACACCGAGCCAGUGACGGAAAAUAAAUAGUGCGUUCAACAAGCUCUGGCCAAAACUAUGUGAAACCGACAAAGUGACUGAAGAUAAAAAGUGUGGUGGACAGAAGGUGGCUGAAAUUUACAGAAGGUGUUUUGAAUCAUAUAGUGAAGUAGAUGACCAAAAAUAUGUGACACCGAUCUAUUGAAUGAAGGGACACUGUUCACAAGGGAUGGCCAAAAAUAUGUGGGACUUCCCUCCUGACUGAAGGGACAGAAUGUGCUUCGUAGGAGACAGCCAAAAUGUAUGAUGCCGACCUACUGAAUGAAGGGGCAAAGUAUAGUCCACAGGAGAUGGCCAAAAUGUAUGAUGCCGACCUACUGAAUGAAGGGGCAUAGUGUGGUCCACAGGAGAUGGCCAAAAUGUGUGAUGCCGACCUACUGAAUGAAGGGGCAUAGUGUGGUUCACAGGAGAUGGCCAAAAUAUAUGAUGCCGACCUACUCAAUGA